AUGAGCACUAGUUGGAAGCCAAAUGAAACUUCGGUUGUGCAAUUAGCGACUCUUCUGAAGAGUUCUAUGUCACCAGACCAUAAUGAACGUAAUAAUGCAAUGGAGUCUUUGAAAAUUUUUGAAUCGCAGCCAGAAUUUCUAAAUUAUUUAUGCUAUAUAUUAAUUGAAGGUGAAAUUGAUCAAUCUUUGAAGUCUUCAUUUUCUUCUGUUGAGUUACAGAACAAUAGAGCUACUGCUGGUAUGUUAUUGAAAAAUUCUAUGCUUCAAAAAGAUAAAUUGUUUAAAGGUGAUCAUAAUAUCGAAUACAUUAAAUCAAACAUUGUUCAUGGGUUAUAUAAUUCAGACAAUUCUUUGGUUAAUAAUGUUACAGGUAUCGUUAUUACAACUCUCUUUUCUACCUAUUUUAGACAGCAUAGGGAUGACCCAGCAGGUAUUCAAAUGUUAUCGCAGUUAUUAGAAUUGACUUCGAGUGGCAAUGAAUCAAGUAUUAAAGCUCUAUCCAAGAUUAUGGAAGAUAGUGCGCAAUUUUUUGAAUUAGAAUGGUCUGGAAAUGUUAAGCCUAUGGAUAUUUUGGUCGAAACGUUUUUGAAAUUUAUCUCCGAAGAUAAAUAUGGGGCAGUAAUAAAAUCUGAAACAGUUAAAUGUAUUAAUACAAUUAUUCCAUUACAGGCACAAAGUUUUAUCAUUAGAUUGGAUCAAUUCUUAAAUAUAAUCUUUCAACUUGCCCAAAAUGAUUCUAACGAUUCAGUCAGAGCUCAACUAUGUAUUUGUUUUGCAACUUUACUUGAAUUUAGACCUGAUAAAUUGGUUGAUCAUCUUCCUGGUAUUAUUCAAUUCAUGCUUCGUAUUAUUGGUGCAGUUUAUGAUGAAAAGGUUGCUAUUGAAGCUUGUGAAUUUUUGCAUGCUUUCGCAACUAGUUCACAUAUCCCAGAACAUAUUAUACAACCAUACGUUAAUGAUAUCGUUCCAGUACUAUUGGCCAAAAUGGUUUACAACGAAGAUGCAAUCUUGACAUUUGAAGCUUCGAAUGAAGAUGAUGCUUAUUUAGAGGAUAGAGAUGAAGACAUUAAACCAGUUGCACCACGUAUUGUGAAGAAAAGAGAUGGUUCCGGUGAGGAUGAGGAUGAAGAGGAUGAUGGUGAUGAUGUAGAUACCGAAUGGAAUUUGAGAAAAUGUUCAGCUGCCACUUUAGAUGUAUUGACCAAUUUGCUCCCACAACAUGUUUUGAAUAUAGCAUUCCCAUACUUGAGAGAACAUUUGACUUCUGAUAAAUGGUUCAUUAGAGAAGCAACGGUUUUAGCUUUAGGUGCAAUGGCAGAAGGUGGUAUGAAAUAUUUCGAUGAUCAAUUGCCAACUUUAAUCCCAUUUUUAGUCGAACAAUUAAAAGACCAAUGGGCUCCUGUUAGAAAGAUUACCUGUUGGACCUUAAGCAGAUUUUCUACUUGGAUUUUGUCUGAUCAUACUGAAUUUUUAUUGCCAGUUUUGGAAAAUAUUUUAAAUGCUUUAUUAGAUAAGAAGAAGGAUGUUCAAGAAGCGGCUAUUAGCAGUACAGCUGUUUUUAUUGAAAACUGUGACCCUGAACUAGUCGAAACACUAUUAUACACCGAGUUAUUACAGAAAUUUGAUCAAUGUUUCCAAUUCUAUAAGAAGAAGAAUUUAAUCAUAUUAUAUGAUGCAGUUGGUAGAUUUUCAGAAAAGGUCGAACUCGAUGAUACCGCAAUGCAAGUGAUAUUACCACAUUUAAUUAAUAAAUGGUCAUCAUUACCAGACAAUGACAAAGAAUUGUGGCCAUUAUUAGAAUGUUUAUCAUGUGUAGCCGCAUCUUUAGGGGAUAAAUUUUUGCCAAUGUCCCAAGAUGUUUACUCAAGGGCAUAUAGAAUACUUUGUCAUUGUGUCGAACUUGAAGCCCAAUCACAAAUCGAUCCUUCCAUUCCAGCACCAGAAAAGGACUUUAUUAUUACAUCGAUUGAUAUGAUCGAUGGUUUAGUCCAAGGCCUGGGAUCUAAAUCACAAGACCUACUAUUUCCAGAAAGUGGUAAAAAUACAACAAUUUUACAGGUUAUAGUGCAAUGUCUUCAAGAUCCAGUGCAUGAGGUAAGACAAAGUUGUUUUGCAUUAUUAGGUGACAUUGUAUAUUAUUUCAAUCCUCAACUUCUAGCAGGGACUUUAUCACAAUUUCUGAAACUAAUUGGUACCGAAAUAAUGCACAAUGAUGAUAUGGAUGGGGCACCUGCAGUAGUCAAUGCCGUAUGGGCCCUUGGGUUGAUAAGUGAAAGAAUCGAUUUAAGAGAGUUCAUUAUCGAUAUGUCUCGUAUUGUACUUGAUAUAUUCACGACAACCACCCAAGUUGUUGAUAGUGCCAUUACAGAAAACCUUGCGGUAACAAUCGGAAGAAUGGCACUAACACAUCCAGAAGUAUUUACAUCUGGCGUUUUCGCCAAUGAACAAGUAUGGAACAAAUGGUGCAAAUCAGUUAAAGAUUUAGAUUCUUUAGAAGAAAAAAGCAGUGCAUACAUGGGUUUCAUCAAAAUUGUAAAUUUAACCGGUGACCAAGUUAUAAUGUCAAAUAUUACUUUACAAGAAGUAAUUAAAGGACUAUCAACUAAUGUCGAUGCAAGUGUAUUUGCCGAAGAUGUUUUAACGUUGUUAGUAAAAUACUCUAACAAAAUUCAAUCACUAUCCUUUUCUCAAGAGGAACAAUCAUUUUUGCAGCAAUUCAGCAGCAUCAAUUAA